CAACCCAGCAGCUCCUGCUCUUCAUCCCAGAGUUACCUCGUCCUUUGUGAAGCAGACUCUGCAGCUCUGUUCCAGCAUGGCAGCUCUGUGGCUCCAGACCUUCUCCCUGCUCGUCAUAAUGCUCGUUUCGUGGCCGGGCUCCCAGGCUGUCAGCGGCCCCCAGCAUCUGUGUGGCUCUCACCUGGUUGAAGCUCUGUACCUGGUCUGUGGGGACAGAGGCUUCUUCUACAACCCCAAGAGAGAUGUGGAUCCUCUGCUAGGUUUCCUCCCAUCGAAGGCAGGUGGCGCUGUGGUGCAAGGCGGUGAGAACGAAGUGGGCUUUAAGGACCAGAUGGAAAUGAUGGUGAAGAGAGGGAUUGUGGAGGAAUGCUGCCACAAGCCCUGCACCAUCUUCGAUAUGCAGAACUACUGCAACUGAACGUCGGUCUGGUGGGUGUCGUUGAGCCUCGUCCGGCUUGGCUGAGCCGCUCUGAAUCCUUCCCCACCUCAGAGGAGAGGCAGUCACAGCCGUCCUCUCUCUGAACACCGACUGCUGUCAGAUGAAGUGCUGAGAAAUGGAUGAAAUUAAUUUUCCAAAAAAUAAAACAAAAUGUGAAAUGCAACAACA